GGGAAGCUCAUAUAAAGGGUUUCAAACUCUAGCCUCACAGCUGUCAGACCUUCGAGAUGGGGAGGCUGCUGCUCUGGGUUGGGUUGGCUCUUGUGCUGGAACGCCACAAUGGUGCUGCCCACAAACUCAUGUGUUAUUUCACCAACUGGGCAUAUAGUCGACCAGACCCUGCCUCGAUCUUGCCCCAGGACCUGGACCCCUUUCUCUGCACCCACCUGAUAUUUGCAUUUGCCUCAAUGAAAAACAGCCAGAUUGUGGCCAAAAAUGCCCAGGAUGAGAAUAUUCUCUACCCAGAGUUCAACAAGCUCAAGGAGAGGAACAGGAAGCUGAAAACACUGCUGUCUGUUGGUGGGUGGGACUUCGGCACACCAAGGUUCACCGCUAUGUUGUCCACACCCACCAGGCAUGAAAAGUUUGUUGAUUCAGUUAUAUCCCUCCUGAGGACAUAUAACUUCGAUGGUCUUGACCUUUUCUUCUUGUACCCUGGACUGAGAGGCAGCCCCAUGCAUGACCGGUGGAAUUUUGUCUCCUUAAUUGAAGAGCUCGUGUUAGCCUUCAAAAAGGAGGCAAUCAACAACCUGCACCCAAAGCUGCUGCUGUCUGCUGCUGUCUCUGGGGCCCCAAAUAUCAUCCCAACAUCUUAUGAUGUCCGCGUUCUAGGAAGAUGCCUGGAUUUCAUCAACAUCUUGUCUUAUGACUUCCAUGGGUCCUGGGAGAAGUUCACAGGACACAGUAGCCCCCUGUUCUCUCUGCCUGGAGACCUCAGAUCGUCGGCAUAUGCCAUGAAUUACUGGCGAAGGCUUGGGGCACCCUCAGAGAAGCUCAUCAUGGGGUUACCCACCUAUGGACGUACCUUUUGCCUCCUCAAAGCCUCUGAGACUUGGUUGGGGGCCAGGGCUAUGGGACCAGCAUCUCCAGGGAAGUACACCAAGCAAGCUGGCUUUAUGGCUUAUUUUGAGGUUUGCUCCUUUGUUCAGAGAGCAAGGAAGCAUUGGAUUGAAUAUCAGUUUGUCCCAUAUGCCUAUAAGGGGAAGAAGUGGGUUGGCUAUGACGAUGCAGCCAGCUUCAGUUACAAAGCAACGUUCAUAAAGAAAGAGCAUUUUGGGGGGGCCAUGGUAUGGACAUUGGACCUGGAUGACGUCAGGGGCACUUUCUGUGGCAAUGGCCCUUUCCCCCUUGUCCACAUAUUGAAGAAUCUCCUAGUGAAUGAUGAGUUCAGCUCAAUCCUUUCAUCACAAUCUUGAUUCUCAUCUCUUGUGGGUUCUUCAAUAACUGACCUUGAAAAAGCUGUGACCAAGGCAUUGAUCAUUAAUUUUGAGAUUUUUCUCCCAGAAGGAGAGGCAAUGACCACCGGGAACCAUGGAAAGUAUGAAAAUAUGUUUACCAUCCCCAGAGAUGAGACUGUGACCCCUGGAAUGGAAACUAUGACCCUUGGAAAGCACAGUGUAACUCUGAAAGAGAAGACCAUGACUCCUAUGGAUCAUUCAACUGUGACCCCUGGAGAGAUGACCAUGACCCCUGUGGCUCAUCUGACUGUGACCCCUGGAGAGACAACUAUGUCCUCUGUCAGUCAUCAGUCUGUGACUUCUGGAGAGAUGAUUAUGACCCCUAUGCAUCAUCUGACUGUGACUGCUGAAGGAACGACUAUGAUCCCUUUGAAUCUUCAGACUGAGACCACUGGAGAGAUGACUAUGACACUUAAAAGGAAGUCUGUGGUCCCUGAAAAGGUGAUCGUCUCCUCGGGAAGGAUGACAAUCACCUCUGAUGGGCAGACUAAGACUCUUAGAGGGGCGAAUUUGACUUCUGAGGUGAGGAUUGACUGCCUGAUGCGUGACUUUGGUCUUUAGAUGGUAGCUAAAAGCAGAAUGCUGUCCUGUGGCUCUGCCGUACAGCUCCCAGGAAACUCUCCGCUUGCUUUUGACAACCUCUUUUUUUCCACUGAUGGAAGCUAUUCCUUUGUCAACUCAAAUGACCCUUCCAGCAAUCCCUCCUCCCUAAAAAAACAAAACCCAGAAAGCCCUGCUGUGAAUCAAGGAGCCUAA